CUCCAAUCCAACCUUCUUUCUUUCUUACCAGCAUAUUCGUCCUUUUCCAUCCUCAAGUCAUCAUAAAAGCAGGCGAUCCUUUGGGAUCAGCCUUUUCCAAGUCCAUAGACAUUGGCUACUAGGCCAGGACUAUUGUAGGUCUGUUGAAAGCUACCUUACAGGUUCACAUCCUCAAUUGUCUCCAAGCUCAGACGCUAAUCAUCAAACAUAAACACAGAUUAGCGUUUGACACUCACAGUAUGACGAGUAUGACGAAAGGUUAUUACGAGCUCGACCCUGACGGAGAUAUCAUCCUCUUUUUUACCACGACUGAUGAGGUACGUCAUGUACUUUCGCUGCAUGGAUGCGAUCUGCACCCCUUCGUUCAGCCAAUUCUUCAGGACGUUCAGAACCGUCUGAGGGACCUUGAACUUAGCGAUUUCAAGGAUGAAUCGAAAGCGUCGGGCGGAAAGUCUCCACGGCCUCUUCCUAGUGAGGGGACGUACCCCAGUCUUUCUCGGAUUACACUUACUUCCCGAGCCAAAUUGAACUUUGGUACGGCUCACGCAAGUGACGCAGUGAUUCAAGGCCAGAAUGGCGGCAACCGAGAACUACAAUGUUGCUGUGUCCAAACGGGUCUGAUUUAUGAUUGCCAAGGUUUACUGCUUCGUGCAGAAGUGGAAAGAACAUCAAUACACCAAGAAGCAUCUCAUUAACCUCUAGGUGUUGAUGUCGGGUGGGAUCGCGCCUUUGGGAACGGAGCAUCGUGGACGAACUUUGGACGCAGAAAAUCCCACCACAUCAGAGAGCAGAUAUCCUCCUUGACAGUCAAGACCGAGGCAAAUCGG